CUACAUUGACAGUGGUGCUUGAAGCCGAGAGGGUCAGGGGGAGGAGAGGCAAGAGAGUGUGGAGCGAGAAUACGACAGGAGAUCCUCCACAGAGUGGCCAAUUUGACCGAACCAUCCUUCACCAGCCUGGCUACAAAUGCUCCUGCAUCCUGGCCGCUCCGACCGACCAACACGGAAAAUCGGAUUGUCCGCUGCAGUCGUGUCCGGGAAUAGAAACAGAAGAUGAUUACGAGCCAGCAGAAGCCAUGGAGAUAGGCCUGGUACUUGAGUCUUAUUGAAAUUAGGCUCUGCUUGUUGGGUGUGGUACAUCCAUCUGGAGUUUGGUGUGCCAGUUGGCCCGCAUCUGUUUACUCCUAGCCUUUGGCCGUGCAACGCGGCUUCUACAAACCUCUCCUCUCUUCGUCAAAAUUUCGUCUAGGGGGAUAAAUGAGUGAACCGGUCGUAAGGGAAAGGGCUGGAACAUGUACCAGAACCCUGACAGAAUGUCCUGGUUCAGUGGUCUCCUAGUUGCCCGAGUGGAUGACCGCAAGACUGCGUGGGGUGAACGCAAUGGCAAGAAGUCCAAACGGAAGGGAGGCUCUUCUCUCUGCAGCCCGCGUUACAUGAGCUGUCUGCGGGACCCGGAUGCUAUGGAGCCCCCUUCCGGAGCCCCCCUCCCUCAGCACCAUCGCGGAGGGGUGGCUGGGGCUAUUGGAGGUGGGGGGAACUUCGGUGUUCGCUGCGGAUGGCAGGAGGAUCACUACGGCAAGAGGGGAGGGGCUUCUGGGGAAGGAGUGGGGCUGAAAUCAGUUGACUUGGGCUUCGAGGAUGGCGAAUUAAAAGGCAGAAAAGGGGGAUGCAACGGAGGAAGCGGCGACAUGGGAGAUGAGAGUCCCAACGGAGCAGGAGGUGUGGUGACAGCUGCGGACUGCUGGCUGAGGGUGGUGCGAGUAUUCCAGUCGAAAAAAUUCCAAUCCCGGAAACUGGAACGUCUUUACCAGCGUUACUUCUUCAGGCUGAACCAGAGCUCCUUGACCAUGCUUAUGGGGGUGCUUGUGAUCGUGUGUGGCAUCAUGCUGACCUUCCACUGUGUCCACGCUGUUCCUGACGUGGCCUACUCAUCAGCCCUGUCCGUGGCCAUGGCUCUCUUCAUGGCUCUCAUGGUGGUUUGCAACCGCAAUGGCUUUCACCAGGACUACAUGUGGAUGGUCAGUUACCUGGUGAUUGGAGUCUUGUUGUUGGUGCAGGUGUUUGGAGUGUUCAUGGUGGCGCCCAGGAGUGCUUCAGAAGGAAUCUGGUGGUCUGUGUUCUUCAUCUACAUCAUCUACACUCUGCUUCCUGUGAGGAUGAGGGCUGCGGUGCUGAGUGGAGCAGUGCUGUCCAUCAUUCACGUGGUGACCACCUGGCAGAUGAACCAAGAAGACAAGUUCCUCUGGAAACAGGUGAGUGCUAAUGUCCUCAUCUUCCUGUGCACCAACAUCAUUGGCAUCUGUACCCACUACCCGGCAGAGGUUUCUCAGAGACAAGCCUUUCAGGAGACCAGAGGGUACAUCCAGGCCAGGCUUCACCUGCAGAGGGAGAAUCAGCAGCAGGAACGUCUGUUGCUUUCAGUGUUGCCAAGGCAUGUUGCCAUGGAGAUGAAGGCUGACAUCAAUGCCAAGAAGGAAGACAUGAUGUUUCAUAAGAUCUACAUCCAGAAACACGACAAUGUCAGUAUUCUGUUUGCAGAUAUCGAGGGUUUCACCAGCCUGGCUUCCCAGUGCACAGCCCAGGAGCUGGUCAUGACACUCAACGAACUCUUUGCCCGUUUCGACAAGCUGGCAUCGGAGAACCACUGUCUCCGCAUUAAAAUUUUGGGUGAUUGUUACUACUGUGUGUCGGGGCUGCCUGAGCCCCGCGCCGACCACGCCCACUGCUGUGUGGAGAUGGGUGUCGACAUGAUCGAGGCCAUCUCGUUGGUGCGCGAGGUGACGGGGGUCAACGUGAACAUGCGCGUCGGUAUUCACAGUGGGCGUGUCCACUGUGGCGUGCUGGGACUCAGGAAGUGGCAGUUUGACGUGUGGUCGAAUGACGUCACGCUGGCCAAUCACAUGGAGGCGGGAGGCAAAGCAGGGCGGAUCCACAUCACCAAGGCCACACUGCAGUACCUGAACGGGGACUAUGAGGUGGAGCCAGGUUAUGGAGGUGAGAGGAAUGCAUAUCUGAAGGAGAACAGCAUCGAGACCUUCCUGGUCCUGGGCUGCAGCCAGAAACGGAAGGAGGAGAAGGCGAUGAUGGCGAAGAUGCAGCGGACGAGGGCCAACUCUAACGAGGGGCUGAUGCCACGCUGGGUGCCCGACAGAACUUUCCCCAGGACCAAAGACUCCAAAGUCUUCAGACAAAUGGGAAUUGAUGAGUCCUCCAGUAAAGACAACCGUGGUGUUCAGGAGGCCAUGAACCCAGAGGAUGAGGUGGAUGAGUUUCUGGGGCGAGCCAUCGAUGCUCGGAGUAUUGACCAGCUCAGAAAAGACCAUGUCAAGAAGUUCCUUCUCACCUUCCAGACGUCCAGCCUGGAAAAAAAGUAUUCCAAGAAAGUCGAUGACCGUUUUGGGGGCUAUGUUGCCUGCACUCUGCUAGUAUUCUGCUUCAUUUCUUUCAUACAGAUUGUUAUCUUUCCACACACCCCAGUAAUGCUGGGAAUCUACAUCAGUAUCUUCAUCAUACUCGCCAACAUUCUCUUCAUCUGUGCCAUAUACUCUUGCAUCAAGCUCUUUCCAGGUGCGAUGCAAACUGUUUCGAAUAAGAUUGUCCAGUCUCGCACCAACAGCACCCUGGUUGGAGUGUUCUCCAUUAUUCUUGUCUUCAUCUCUGCCUUUGUAAAUAUGUUCGCCUGCGACACCCAGAGCUUGACUGAAUGCAUCGCUGAGACGCUGAACACCUCUGCAGCCCUGGUGACGCCCUGUCUGAUCCGCAGCUUGAAUGUGUCUGUCGAAGGGGGCCUAGAGAUCUGCCCAAGCCAAGGUCCUUCCUGCCCCUUUCCUGAGUAUUUCAGCUACAGUGUGCUGCUGACACUCCUGGCCUGCUCCGUGUUCCUGCAAAUCAGCAGCAUAGGGAAGCUGGCCCUCAUGCUGCUCAUCCAGCUCACCUUCCUGUUGCUCGUGGAGUGGCCACAAGUAGCACUAUUUGACAACGCAGACCUCUUUGUCACCUCCAAUGCCAUUGACUUAAAUGAAACCACCUGGUCAAGCUUGAAUGAAACUACGGUUGAGUGCCCAUACGUUGUGACCAAAGUGUCCCUGCGGGUCAUGACUCCAGUGAUCCUCACAGUCUUCGUCCUGGCACUGUACCUGCACGCACAGCAGGUUGAAUCUACUGCACGUCUCGACUUCCUCUGGAAACUACAGGCCACAGAGGAGAAGGAAGAGAUGGAGGAGCUGCAAGCCUACAACCGUCGCCUUCUUCACAACAUCCUGCCGAAGGAUGUGGCUGCUCACUUCUUGGCUCGCGAGCGGCGCAAUGACGAGCUGUACUACCAGUCCUGUGAGUGCGUAGCCGUCAUGUUCGCCUCCAUCAGCAAUUUCUCAGAGUUCUACGUGGAGCUGGAGGCCAACAACGAGGGGGUGGAGUGUCUCCGGCUGCUAAAUGAGAUCAUCGCCGACUUCGAUGAGAUCAUCAGUGAAGAGAAGUACAGGCAGCUGGAGAAAAUCAAGACCAUUGGUUCUACGUACAUGGCGGCCUCUGGUCUUAAUGACUCAACUUAUGACAAAGAGGGUCGUUCUCAUAUUACUGCACUAGCAGACUAUGCUAUGAGACUGAGAGAGCAGAUGAAAUAUAUCAAUGAGCAUUCCUUCAACAACUUCCAGAUGAAGAUAGGUCUGAACAUCGGGCCGGUGGUAGCGGGAGUUAUAGGGGCCCGGAAGCCUCAGUAUGAUAUCUGGGGAAACACAGUAAACGUGGCCAGUCGCAUGGACAGCACAGGUGUGCCUGACCGCAUACAGGUGACCACAGACCUCUACCAGGUGCUUGAUAGCAAAGGAUACGUGCUGGAGUGCCGUGGAGUCGUUAAGGUCAAAGGUAAAGGGGAAAUGACAACCUACUUCCUAAACGAUGGGCCGCCCAACAGCUAGCAGGCGUGACAGCAGCGGACGCUGGGACGGUACCCACUGCAAGGACACGGCACCACUGAGCGAGCACUCACAGUGCGAGCGAAACAGCUGAGAACUACAAUCGCCAUCACUUGAAUCCCAAGCAAAGAGGAAAACAUGAACUUUUAGGACUCCAGAAAAGGGACAGUGUUCUCAACCAGAGGAGAAAGUUCUUGUUUGACAGCCAUCUCGGCCAGCGUACAUGUUGGAGGACAACUUGUUUUUCUCAUGUCUAGCCUCUCUCUCAGGCUUCUUGAAAGAUGCAAAGUCUGUUUAUUUAAAACAGCGCCUUUUAGCCUGUGUCAAAAGAAGAUUAUCGCUGUACAUAAGGCUAUUUUUUAUUUAACUUUGUUGUUCUUUUGUUCGGUUUUUAUUUUUUUGCUUUGUUUGACACAAUUUAUGAACAGGUACUUUUGAUCCCGCUUUAAUUAUUUAUUUCAAUCUUGAUGUUUUGUGCUAAAGGUCCUUUAUGAAAAAAAAGUGUGGACACAUACGUGCACAAAUAUCCAGUUUAUUACACGUUUAUAAGUGUGUAUGUACAUGCAUAUUUGUGUGUGUAUGACUAUAUGUAUAAAUUGAGGAGGAAUAUAUUGACCAAAGACUAAAGUAUUUACUAAAAGCAAGGCAGAUAUGUUAUGUUCUCACUGAAGUCAGCAAUGAUCACCACGUCUGUUUUUGUUUUUUUUGGUUUUUGGCGGAGGGUUUGACUUCUGCCUCUUUCGCCCGACUUCUGGCAGUGGAGGCUCAUUUAUUAUAAAAUACACAGAGUUUAUUACCAUGUCAUUUAGGCAGCAGAGAGCAGAUGUCUAACUCUAAAGAACAAAAUUACCCUCAAUCAUUUUACCAGAUAAAAUUAAAAGUGAAUAAAGAUAACUAGAUAUGUUAUAAGAGGGGUUAUAUAUUUUUAUCUGAGCAAAACAGAGAAGAUCAACCUCAGAUUGGGAUCUUCGUCAUUCUCGUUUUGUGUUAGAUUAGAGGUUUCGCCGCUGGUUUGAUCUGACUGCUCCGUCCCUUUUAGAGCGGUCCUUUUUGUCUUUUUUUUUUUUUUGGUGGAAAUGAAGGAACAUAAAUCAGUGCGUUGUUCCAGAACCUCCAGGUGGGAAAGGGCAGAAACUUUGGAUUUCAACGCAGUUGCAUCAUGCAGCCUGAUUCUUCUAUGAAGAAGAAGUAGAUGAAGGAAAGAAAUAUCCGCUGAUCUCGACUGAAUACUGUGCUUUGUAAUCCUGAAGGGGCAUAACUAUUUUCACUGUGAGGUUUUUAUGAUACAACAAAACUGCUUUCUUGCCAAACAUAACUGCUUUGAGCAUGUCUUACUGUAGUUUCUUGUUUUCUUUCUUUUGAGGGGGUUUUUUGUUUGUUUCAACGUUGGGUAUUUUGUAUAAAUUCUGUACCCAUCAUUUGUAUAUUCUUAGUGUUGUUAUUAUUAUGAUGAUUCUGGUUGAUUAUUAUACUUAAUAUGAUGAUUCCAUUCCGAUGAAGAACAGCAAGCUUUCUUGUGAAAUUCAAAGCUCAAGCUCACUGGUAUCAACUGAUCAACUGCUGCCGAUGAGUUCUGCUGCCUAGUCUUGGUGUACAAGGCGGUAUCGAUGUUAAAAGUCUUAACCACUGAGCCAAACUGGUGUAUGGUUAUAAAAAUUAGAGCAGUUGGCACACAAACAGA